AUGAGCAAACUAUGGAGUCCCGCCUUUGAUAAUGGGACAUGUUUUUGGUUCGAGGAAAGAGGUUUACGUGAAUCCAGUACCAUUUUUGCGUUCGGUCCGUAUAGACGGUUAACGUGCUUUUUGAACCGAAAAAAUCGUCCAGUGAUCGCUGAUUAUUUGCAAAACGUGUGCGCAUUUGAACCGUAUGUGCUGUAUAGUGAUAAGUCUAUAAUUGAUGCGAAAGAGUCGAAUUUGGAUGUAAAUAGGUUACAUUUCGUCACGGGUAUUUGCGUGAAACCAAAUCAUCGACGAUAA